UGCGCCAAACAAAGAUAUGAGGAUCUUCACAAAGCUCUCUGCACCACUCUCACUCUGCCUCCUUUUUGUCUUCCUCUGUCUUAAAACUGCCUUCUCAUCCUCUAUACAUGCUUCUUCCUUCUCAACAACACAUCUCUACUCUCAUGAGGAGGCUCUUGCUUUGUUGCAAUUCAAGACAUCCUUCUCCAUCAAUUACACUGUUCAGGAUCCAGAUUAUUGUGAGGAUCUUUUUUAUACUAAACCUAAUUAUUCUAAGAUUGAGUCAUGGAAGGAAGGUAUAGACUGUUGUUCCUGGGAUGGGGUUAGCUGUGAUAAUGUCACAGGCCAUGUAAUCGCCCUUAAUCUCAGUUGCAGUCACCUUUCUGGCACCUUUCCUUCCAACAGCACUCUUUUUCUCCUCAAAAACCUGCAGAGCCUCAAUCUUGCCUUGAAUGAUUUUAGGCAUUCCAAGAUUCCACCUGAAAUCAGUCAAUUUACUAGACUAAAGCAUCUUGAUAUCUCCUCUUCUCGAUUUUCAGGCCAAGUUCCAGCAGAAAUUGCUCACCUCUCCAAGUUAGUUUUUCUCAAUCUCUCUAAUUAUUAUGAUUCUUCUGACUUGAUCCUUGAAACAACUACCUUCAAAAAUCUUGUUCAUAACUUGAGUGAGGUGAGAGAACUUGUGCUUAAUGAAGUGAACAUGACUUCUGUUGAUCCUCGUUUCUUCAUGAAUCUCUCUUCUUCUUUGACUACCCUUCGUCUUUUUCAUUGUCAGUUAAAAGGAGACUUUCCAAACAGUAUUUUUCGCUUUCCAAAUCUCAAGAGAUUUAGUUUAGGUGGAAAGGGAAACCUCACUAUUGAUCCUCCAAGUUCCAAUUGGAGCAGUCCUCUCCGAUAUUUGGUUUUGGAUGUCAUGCAUUGUGGAGGGAGAUUGCCAGAGUCUAUAGGGGAUCUAAAACAUUCAAAUGGUCUGCAAAGCCUAGUGCUAUCCAAAAAUAGCAUUCAUGGAAAUAUUCCCGAAUGGAUAUGUGAAAAGGAUGAUCUCAAAAUUCUUGACCUUUCUCAUAACAAUUUGAUCGAGGAGAUUCCAAAUUGUCUUCCUAAGUCUCUCUCAGUGUUGAAUUUGCAAGCCAAUUACUUUAAUGGAAAUAUACCCUUUGGGUUUCCAGAGGGCUGUGGAUUACGAAAUCUCAACUUACAUGGAAAUCAAAUGGACGGGCUAUUACCAAGGUCUUUGGUGAAUUGUAGCAUGUUAGAGAGCUCCAAAGAAAGUCCAUCUUUUCCCAAAAGUCCAUCUUUUCCCAAGUUACGAGUUCUGGACCUUUCCAGCAAUGAUUUUUUUGGUCCUUUGCCUCUUCAGUACAUGGGAAAUUUUAAAGCGAUGAUGGACCCUCAUGGAGAGGAUGACUCCCCUGAAUACAUGAAUGUGUGGACGGGAGCCAAUUCUUAUCAAUAUUCACUGGCUGUGACAUGGAAGGGAUUCGACUAUGAGCUGCAGGGAAUCUUGACCAUAUUCAGUAGUAUUCAUCUCUCAAAUAACAAGUUUGAAGGAGAAAUUCUAGAUGUUAUUGGAAAGCUUAGUUCUCUCAAAGGGCUUAAUCUUUCUCAUAACAACCUUACUGGUCAGAUGCCACCGUCACUAGGGAAUUUGACGAAUCUGGAAUGGUUGGAUCUCUCUUCCAACGAGCUGGUGGGGAAAAUUCAUGAUGAAUUGUUCAACACCUUUGGAAAUGGUUCUUAUGAAGGAAACCUUGGACUGUGCGGAAUCCCAUUGUCAAAAUCUUGUGAUGGAAUUGGGACACCGACGAGCUCCUUCCAAGAAAAAGAUGAGUUGUGGAGAUUUGGCUGGAGAGUUGUGGUGUUAGGCUAUGGAUGUGGAGUUGUUUUUGGACUUCUGAUGGGACAUCAUGUCUUCCGAACAGGAAAACCAAAAUGGUUUGAAGUUUUUGUUAUAGCUGGCAUUGGCUUGUCUAAAAUCAUUAGCCUUCUCUUGUUUUUACUAUGCUAUAAGUCUAUAACUAUUGUGGGGGUGAAGAAGGCCUGCCGACCUAGUGGCCCAGCAGGUUACUGUAAGCCUUUUCACCAUCGCAAGGGUUCGAUCCCCUCCCCAUCGCCUCCCCCUCAAAUCACUUGCCCUAUCCAAGUGUUCCUCAUUGAUGGCGAUGAAGCUCAUCUGAGAUCAUUAAGUGAAGAAAACAAUGAUCUGGGUGGUGACCAAGAGAGUAGUGGCGGAGGAAUGGUGAAUGCAGGGUACGGAGUGGUUGAGCAGUGGGGGUUGUUGUUGAGGAAUCCGUGGCCUAAGGUUUCUAUGGUUCUUAAGAUUUUCAAAGAGCAAGGUGUGAUUUUGAUUGCACUUUUAGAUUCUAUUUUUCUCACUAGGAUGGUCAAUAUUGGAGCAAUUGCUUUAGUUACAGAUGUAGCAACAGUAAUAUUUGGAGAAGCUGGUCUUAGGGCAACAAUUGGAGUAAUGACUCUAUUUGCUAUUUUGCUUCGUACUGAGAUCAGUACUCCAAAAAGUAUAGCUGUUCACAAUCCCACAGAGGUGGCUAGGUUUGGGGCCAGGCCAGUGGCAUGGCUUUCCUUGAUACCAUAUCCAGUGGGAAGAAUUGUUACUUAUUUAUCAAUGGGAAUGCUUAAAUUACUUGGUCUAAAAGGGAAAAGUGAACCUUAUGUUAGUAAAGAUGAAUUAAAGCUGAUGCUACGUGGGGCAGAGUUGAGUGGAGCAAUAGAGGAGGAAGAGCAGGAUAUGAUUGAAACUGCAUUACGGAUAAAGGAUACUCAUGUUAGAGAGGCCAUCACACCCCUUGUUAACGUGGUUGCAAUUGAUGCAAGUGCAACUUUUGUUGAUGUUCACCAUCUGUGGGGUGAGCAACUUGAAAGUUCUACUGUGGGAGACAUGGCUCACAAACCUGCUCACAAACCUGCCUACUUUGUGCCUGGUAACCCUUAACUUUUUUCUCUAGUUGAUAUUUUAAUGAUGUUCUUUAGGUUGAUAUUAACACUAUCUAGCUUUUCAUGACACUAUCCACUUGUUGAUUGAGGUAGCUGCAUAGUUUUUCUUUUUUUUUUUUUCUUUUUUAAUUGCUAUUACCCCAUUUUCUCACCAUAUUAUCCACAUUUUAUGUGAAGAUGUCAUUUCUUUUCUGAUUUUUGUAGUUAAUCGAAGUGCAGAAGACCCUAUGAUGAGUUUUCGGUGGUAAGAAGAAAUAGUUUGAGAGAGGUCUUGGAGGAGAAGGAGACACACCCGGAGUUCCCUCUUUUGGUGAGGUGAAAACUCUCUUUUUUUUUUUCCCAACCGUGUACCACCCUUCUGAAACAACCUUAGCUCUUCCUUCAUUGUAGCUUUCCUUCUUUGGAUUUUGCCACCUCAAUCAAAUUUUGGAGGUUUUGCAACUAAGUUGCAUUUUCUGAGUAAAUAAAAUAAGGGAUUGGUA